AUGUCUGUAUCAUCCGAGGUCACAAGAUACCGGGUCGAGAACUAUCGUCGCUAUCACGCAUUUGACCAAGAGAAAUAUUUUCAGCCGAACGAUGCUCAGGCUCAAGAACAUGAGGGUAACAUUCCUGCCAAAAGCCAUAAACUCUGUUUGACGACUUUCGACGAUGCGCUUUUCCUUGCUCCUUUGGUUGACUAUAUUCAAAAAGUCCUCGAUGUCGGCACCGGCACAGGUCUUUGGGCUGAGGCAUUUGCCGAGGAGUUCCCUUCAGCACAGGUCUUGGGCACUGAUCUCUCACCUAUCCAGACCAGCUGGCCGGUCGUAAAUUAUAAGUUUGAGAUCGAUGAUGCCGAGCAGGACUGGACAUUUUCCGAGAACAGCUUCGACUACAUCCAUAUUCGCGGGCUUCUUGGCUGUGUGCAAAAUUGGGCAAAGCUCUAUGCACAAUGUUAUUGA